AUGCCAUCAUCCACAUUUUUUAUCAAAGGGCUUCAGUCAUUAAGAGAUAAUUUUGAGGUAAUAAGAGGAACACCAAGAUACCUCAUAAAUUGCCUUUUUGAAAACCCAACACAAUUUAUAAGGCUUCCUUAUCUGGGGCUGUUUGAUGAGAUGAACAUCUUACUCUUGCUAGACAUUGCGGCCACCAUGACUAGCAGCGACUCAAGAAUCGCAUUUGAUUGGGCUGAACUUCACUUGGAACUGCUAAUGCACAUAUUUUCAAUGUUGAGUUUAUUGGAUAGACUUACCCUUGUUGUUGAGGUGUGCAAAUCGUGGCGAGCGGCAGCUACCUCGGACAAGAAAUUCUUUAAAACCUUGAACAUUCCAGAAUUGCGUCUUUGUCUGGACACUACCAAAUCAAGAGAGCAUAACAGUCAACAACUUCAACUUGCAUUUUUCCAUGCCGUGAAGUUUGGAAGAAACAACUUGACCAAAUUGGUGUUUGAUUCUGAGUUUGAAGUCACCGAUGCUCAUUUCAAGUAUGCAUAUAAAAGGUGCCCAAAUUUGCAAGAGCUAGCUAUGCCAUUCCCAAAUAAUGUAACAAAUGAAGGGAUGAAACAGGCAACCCGAUUCUGGCCUAACUUGAAGUCUCUCUUCAUGGACUUCACUACUACUUUUUAUCCGUCAGAAAUCAUGAUCUUCAACAUUGUCGGAACUCAUUUCCUAAACUUGACAACCUUCAAAUUCUCUUGCUGCAUGCUCAGCGAGGUUACCCUCAAGAUUAUAGCCAACUUGAUGCCGAGGCUGAAGGAGUUAAGGAUACGAUGCGGUAGGGUUAUGACAGAUGUGGUCGAACCAUUCUCAAACAUGCCAAAUCUUGAGGAAGUGUACGUAUCUGAGCUCAGGUCUUCAGCCGUUCCGAGUUUGCCGGACUUGGUGGACGUUCCGGCAAAGAUCCAGGAGGGUCGCAAUCGGAAUAGGCUUUCUGGACUCCGAGUGUUUCAUGCUUGCUAUUGGGAAGAAUGCGAAUGUGUUCCUCAUCCAUCCCUUGGAGGUCCGAUUCUCAACACUCAACAUCUCUUGCGAUGUUUACUUAUGCAUUAUGAUAAUGAUAGGUUAAUCUAG